UCCCUCUCUGUCGCAAACACACACUCACUCUAUCCCUCCCAUACUCUCGCUCUUACUUUUAGUGUCAUCCUCUCACACACACACACACACACACACACACACUGAUAGAGUCAGUCACCAAACCUCAUUCAACUCCCUCCCAGGCGUGGGCCAGCAGCUCAGACAGGCACCUUAUUACUAUCCAGCUGGUAAGAACAUAGCUUGCAAGGUGCACACACACACACACACACACACACUCCAUCCAUACACACAAACCCUCACACAUCCUAGGACUUUUCUCUGUGGACCGGAAAAAGAAGAAGGAAGACAAACUGAGAGUGAACAAGUGGGAUUAAAGAAGAACUUCUAAAGGAGGAUUGACUUUAUGAAAGACGUGGACAAACAGACAAACAGAACUGAAGAUGACACUCGGAGUAACAAGCGUGUUGCUGUAGACCGGCCUGCUCUCAGCCCAAAGUGGAGACCGGUCAUUGCUGACAUCCAGAGGAUCUCCUGUGAGUGCGAGAUUUCCCUCCCUUCUCUCUUCUGGACUCCCACCCUCCUGUCAUCUCUCCGCGGGGACAUCUCCUGAUCAUCAGCAUGCCUACAGCUUGCACAAGGUGCACCUUGGGAGUCUGACCCACCAUGUGCAGAUGGACGCCAUCCGUGGAUCAUCUCUGUCCUGAACCUGCCCUUGGCACCACCACUGCUACAGCCUCCGCCAGGCAACUUCUCCCUCUGCCUAGUGCAGCUUCCCUGUGCCUGGCAUGCUUCACUGUGCUCCUGGUCACCGCUGGCACUACCACAGGGGCCUGUCCUCCUGGCGUAGGGCAUGAACCCCUUCAGGUGCUCGCCAGUGUCACCAACUGUUCGUGGACAUUGGAAAGGCACACUCGCAGUUAUAAUCACCUAGAGGGUGAUGUCCGACUACGGCGGCUUUACUCUGCCAACAAGUUUUUCCUGUGCAUUGACAAAACGGGCAAGGUGGAUGGCACUCGGCGGAAAAACUACGUCGACAGUCUGAUGGAAAUCCGAUCUGUCAGUGUGGGAGUUGUUGCUAUCAAAUCUGUCAGCACUGGGCUCUACUUAGCCAUGUCCAAGAAAGGCACACUCUUUGGAUCGGUGAAGUACAACCCGAGCUGUAAGUUCAAGGAGCGCAUUGAGGAGAACGGCUACAACACAUAUGCCUCCCUCAGGUGGAAACAUGGCGGCAGACAAAUGUUCGUUUCACUGAAUGGACGUGGGAAGCCACGGCGAGGACACAAGGCUCGACGAAGACACCCAUCCACUCAUUUCCUGCCUAUGCUCCCAUCCUAGCUUUCCAGUGAUCCAAACUCUGACCGCCAACUGGCUGGUUCACCGGACUCCUCAUCCUAGUAUUGAUUGGAACGUGAUCUUUCAUUUUUUUUGUAUCCUAUCCUGUCACAAAAAUGUACAUUUGUUGAACUCUGUAACAUGUGUAGCAUUAGUAUAAUAUGUAUGUUUAAGUUAUUUUCACCAUUUGUCUAAUGAUGUUCUGCAAUACAGUCCAAUAGACUUAUCGUAGAAUUACACUUUCUUCAAGAAUCUGUCUGGUUACAGUAUGUGUACAUCUGUGUGUCUGAGGUGCAUGCAAAGUGGCGUUUGGGGACUUUUAAGAGACUGAAAGAUGACUGAAAACGGACAGCAAGGCUUGGAAAUAAAGUCUGGCCACUAGUUUGUUAAGUACAGCAUUUCAGAUGUUCCACUAACUAACAAGGGAUGUAUCUAGCACAUUAAGAUAAUGGGACACACACCUAUUGGAGGUAGUUUAUGGUCCGAGGUAUUUUUGUUUUGUUUAAAGGUGAUAUUUGUCAUGUUUCUCUUCUGCUGUGCAUGGUUUGAUGGUGGGUACAGACGGUGGUUAUUGUUUAUAUUCAUCGUCAGACAAAGGCAACUUACUCAUGGCAGACUGGAUGCCAUAUUUUAAACAUGGACUGGCUAAAAAUUAAGUGGAAGAGAAGACUAAAACAAGUGAACAGAGCCUUUUACUGCUGUAGACAGAAGAAUUAAUUUGAUGCUUAACUUACAAAGUUGUGCGAAUAAGUAACUGGUAGAUUGGUGAGUAAACAGCAUUUAACAUUGGCUAUGCAGCGUUAGCAAAAACUUUCAUAACUCUCUUUAUAAUAACAACAAUAAUAAUAAUAAUCAUCAUCAUCAUUAGCAUCACAAAAAUGACAAGGGAAUUUACCAAACCAUGCUAAACUCAUUUCUAAUUCAAUUCAAAAUUCCAAUAUUUAUUGAUUUACAAGUGUCUCAUAUACGGUACAUUUUAAUUAACAGAUGCACAGUUUAAUAUGCUGUAUGGUACAGUAUGUAUAGCAUUAUGCACAUUUAUACAUAUGACACCACAGAAACUAAGCUAACUAUUGGGAUUACAUGUUGGAUUUCCUGAGAUGCCCUCCGUGUGUAUGUGCAUGCCUCGAUUAGAAAACGUCUGUCGUCCAACAGCUCACGACUAAGAGAUUAGAAUCAGUGUCUCUGAUUUUUCUGUCUUACAUCUGUUGUCCAAUAAUGCACGUGUGUAUUUCAGUGUAUUAUAAUGGAGGGUACAUCAGACAACACAGAAGCAAAACAAUAUUAAUUUGUGGUUAUUACAUGUUGCCUCUCUGUCAAUGCUUGCUAACAUUUUCUCAACAGCAAACCUGUUGCUAAUAGAGCAUUUAAUAUAUUUAAAACAUUUUGUACUCUUUAACUGUUUCAGGUUGAUGUUUAUUGUUAUUGUUGACUUUUUUUGUGUUGGAUUGUAGUCCUACUGUUAACGGAAAAAAAUAACUGCAUUCAAGUCCAUAUUCAGCUCUUUUUGUAUGGUAAUACUACUGGAUAUUGGCCCAUUUGUGACUCAUUUAUCAUAAACUAACUGGUCAGUAAUAUCUUGAAAUCAUUUCAGGCAAGUAAAUUCAUUUUAAUGUGCCUUGGUUCAUGCUGAGUUUGGUAAACUUCAAUAAAAGAUGUGGAUAAAUCAAA